AAUAACAAAAUUAAAUAACACCAUCUAAUACAACACAAAUUGAUUUCUCCCUUCAUUUUCUCUAAAGCUAGCUAUGGGUUCCUCAUCAACUACUCAAUUUGGGCAUCAUCACCAAACGCCAGCAAAAGAAUGUGGCCCCAUAAUUCCGGCCACCAAAAGCCCUUGGUUUUCAUCCUCACUGAGAUCUUCGUAUUUUCCCGAUGAUUCGCCUCUCAGCCCCGCAACUCCGUUCCGAUUCUCAGGUGUACCAUUUUCUUGGGAACAGUUACCAGGGAUCCCAAAGAAGCUACAUAACCACAACAACAGAAAAGAGUCCAUGAAGUUGCUGCCAUUGCCUCCCCCGACUACCCCACGAACCUCCUCAAAAACCUACAGCUUCGAAGAUAUGUUAAGCAGGAAAAAGGCAUCCGCCGGCGCUUCAGAGAGUUUCCGGCGGAUGGACCCAUUUUUCGCGGCGUUGGUUGAGUGUUCCAAGGAAGACCGUGAUGGUGACGAAGAAACUGCAAGAAAUCUGUGGACCGGAGCUAAGGUAACAAGAAGUAUGAGUGACAGGUUGGGGUUUAUUAAUCUUUACACUUCUUGUAAAAGAAGUUGCGCAGUUUCGGAAUCAAUAGUGUAUCUCCCAAGGUCUCGAAGAAGUGCUGAUUAUGGCUUAAUUAGUAAUCGUCGUCCUCGUUAAGUUCACCCCCAUCAAUUAUCACUUUGCAAUAGUGGGGUUGUGAUCAUAUGGUGUUAAAUAAGAUAAGAAGUUUGAUUCCUUUUACUUUCUUCUGUUUUCUUUGAAGAUGAAGACAAGGGAUGAUGUCUUCAAGACUAAAAGUCAUUUGUAAUAUAAUAUUUAAUGGAGAGACGAAAUUAGACGUGAGUGUA